UUCUCCACUCGUCCUAUUCAAAAUGUCCGACAGUAAAAAACUGGAAACAUACGUGGCAUACAGAGAGCAUCUCCGAUGGCUCCUGGACUUUGCGGGUCUCUGGCCAUCGGAGGAUUCGACCAGCGCUUAUCGCAUGCUGCCGUAUUUGCAGAUAUUUGUUGGGUGUGGUGCAGCUAUGAAAAUUGGAAAUUUCAUCGCGCAUCACAUAACGAGCAUCAGAAUCGUAACUAGAGCUAUGAGUAUCAUGACGAGCAUCAUUUUGAACAUGUUCAGAGUGGUGUGUCUUGCGAGAAAUCGUGAGCCACUGAUAAAAGCACGAAAAAUUCUGGAUAGUUACUUCGAUGAACUCCUGGUUAACGAAAAAUUUCGGGAAGUUGUCUUGCAUGAUGUGAAGCUUUUCCGUCGACUCAGUUUAUUCUACACGGUCUUAACAUUUUUCGCUCUUUUUGGAUACGUGUUGACUCCUCUCAUCAUCAUCAUUAAACAACAUGUUCAUCAUGUCAAGCCGGUCAAGUAUCCUCUGAUUCUCCUUGGAAUGUACCCUUGGACUGUACCAGACAAUAUUUUCAUUUACACGGUCCACUAUAUUUUUGAGGCAUUCGCUCUCUUCACGGUGUUCUACGUGAGCUCCGGAACGGAUGCAUUUCUUCCUCUGCUUGUCUUUCAAGUUAAGGGAAAACUUCGCGCAAUGGCGUAUCGUUUGACAGAAAUUGGAGAAAAAGACAGCAUUGAUGAGGAAAUGGGUCAGUGUAUUCGAGAUUACACGGCAUUGAUGGAAUGUCGAGAUAUAUUGGAGAAAACUUUUGGCCCUAUCAUACUUCUUUUGAUGAGUAACAACGCAAUAAUUCUGUGUGCUCUCAUCUUUCAAUUCACGCAGAUGAAGGCGAUAACAAUUGUACAAAUAAUACAGUUUGCUGCGUACAUAUGUGGAAAGACCACUCAGACGUUCCUUUACAGUUGGUCUGGAACGCUGCUCUCGUCAAAGAGUGAAGAGUACCUGGGUGCAGUAUACGCAGCAAAUUGGUAUGGAAACCGUAGAGGUAUGAAUUCGGUUCUGAUCACCUUGAUUCAAAAACCCCUGACAAUGACAGCUUGGCAUAUGUCUGUGGUAUCUGUUGAUAUGUUUGUAAUGGUGCUCAAUACAACGAUGUCAUACUUCCUUCUAUUACAAACGAUCGAGCAAGGCUGAAGACCCUUCGCAAGACGAGAAUAGAUGUCGGUAGUUCAUCGGAGUAAUAAAUCUUCAGGGAUUUAUAACUUUUAUAUCACUUAUUCAGUCUGAAGCAGCCGCCGUAAUUUUCAAUUUCAAAUUUGUUCG